AUGGUUGCCAGGUUUUCCUCCUUAGGCAUUCCCCACCACAGAUUUCCUCCAUUCUCUCCUGUUGGGCCGCCUCCCCAUCAGCAGCAGUCCUCAUCCUGGGAUUUCUCUCCAAUCCCCAUGGCUCCAGCAUCCAGCCACCGUGGACACCAGUGGAUCAGUGACCUUGUUCAAGGGUCCCGCCUGCUCCUGCUGCUGGUGGUGUCAAAUCCACUCUUGUGCCAGGGUGAGGACUAUGCACCGUACUGUAAAAACCAAACUGGCGAGUGCCGGAUUCCCCUUGAAAACCUGUUUGACACUGCAACCAUGGUGGCUAACUACAACCAAAGACUCGCCAGGGAAAUGUUCAAUGAAUUUGGUAAACAGUAUGGCCAGAGAAAAAACUUAACUCCCAUGAUCCUCAGCAGCUGCCACACUACAUCCAUCACCAUCCCUGAAAGCAAAGAAGAAGCUGAAAAUACAGAGGACAAAAUCCUUUUUAAGUUGGUACUCAGUUUGCUCCACUCGUGGGAUGAACCUCUGCAUCACCUAGUCACAGAGCUGCUGCGCUUGAAAGAAGCCUCACCUGAUCUCUUGUCAAGGGCUGCAGAGAUUGAGGAAAAGACCAAAGUACUUCUAGAAGGUGUGGAAGAGAUACAAAAAAGGAUUCAUCCUGAGAAGCAGGAGAAGGAGACCUCCUAUCCAGUGUGGUCAGAUAUCUCCUCCUUGAUGUCGGAAGAUGAUGAUGUGACCAAAGCUGCUUUUUAUAAAAUGUUCCACUGCCUAAACAGGGAUUCAAGCUUCAGCCAGUUCUCGGACUCCUUCCUCCUGGACCAGCCCAACUUCUGGUGCCGCGGGGCCGGCAAGGGCGCCGAGUCGGCGGGGGUCACGGCCACGGGCCGUUGGGGCGGCGGCGACCUGGCCAACGGGACCAGCCCCCAGACCACCCGCUUCCCCACCGCCGCCUGGGGGACAGCGGGCCCCCUCGGCAAUGGCAGCGGCGCGGACGGCGGCGAGGCGCCGCCCCUCCCAUCCCCCCCGGACCCGAUUUUCUUUUAG